AGACCGAUCAUUGGAAGAAAGGUAUGCGGUGGCGAGGUGGAGUCCAUGUCCGCCAUGUUGCUCGUUGCUGUGUAUAUCGUAGAGGAAUUUCCGGAAAAGAAGGAUCAGCAACGGUAUUGAGGUUUUUGGUUUUGGCGUUUCCUCAGACCCGGAGACGAAAAAGGCGGUUGACAACAGUCACCGACGUCAUAGCUGCUCGUAACUUUCACCCCACAUCGUACUCGCUUAUUUUAGCUCAGGUACCAAUCCACCCUUCCAGAAAAGUCUAAAGAACUGCCCCUCACCUUCACCUUCACUUCCACUCUCACCCUUCACUCCCGCUACAUCCUUCACAGAUUCUCAUUCGCAUAGUCCGAGCAGUUCGCUGAGAAGGGAUGUCGAAUCCAGCGCACCUAAACCCCUCCGAACUGGGCACCAAGUCUUACUGGGACACCGCGUACACGACCGAGCUCCAGAACUUCGCAUCGAACGCCGACGACGAAGGAACGAUAUGGUUCAGCGACGCGGGAGCCGAGGAGCGCAUGCUGUCAUUCUUGGAGAACCUCGCCGACGAGGGGCAGUUGCACAAGGGUGGAGAAGAAGCUGCCGACGGAGCUGGGGAAGGAAAGACAAGACAGCUUACACAGUUCCUCGACCUUGGAACUGGGAACGGACACCUGCUGUUUGUACUGAGAGAAGACGGCUGGUUGGGCGAAAUGGUGGGCGUGGAUUACUCGGCGCAGAGCGUCAAGCUCGCGAGAGAGAUUUGCACGAGCAAAGGCGAAGACUACGCUGAUGUGCGGUUUUACGAAUGGGACGUCCUUGCCCAGCCGCCCGGCGCCUGGCUUCCCUCGUCUGGCUUCGACGUCGUUCUUGAUAAAGGCACAUUCGACGCGAUUUGCCUCUCGCAGGAGAUGGAUGCGCAGGGACGUAGAAUAUGCGAGGGCUAUAGGGAGAAGGUAGAGAGGUUGAUAAAGAGAGGAGGCAGGUUUCUGAUUACAAGUUGUAAUUGGACUGAUGAAGAAUUAAAGGGCUGGUUUGAGGUUGACGGUGGAGAGCUUGUGUACGAAGAUAAGGUGAAGUAUCCGAGCUUUACGUUUGGAGGGAGGACAGGGACGAGUGUGUGCACGCUAUGUUUCAAGAAGAGGUGAUCUAGGUGUGCUAUGAUCUGGAGAUAUCGACAACACC